UUAUAUUUUUCACAAAUUUGCAGCGUGAAAUGAAGUAUGUUCGAAUGGCGCGUAAAUGAUGGCUGCUAUCAAAUUAUUUUGGCUAGAUUAACAACUUCAUUGAUACCUACCUAAAUAAGUGCAGUUGGGUUCGGUGUUGUUUUUCAAUUCUUGUAAGUUAUUUAAAUAAAAACAAUAUGGCAGAACAGAAGAAAAAAAGGGGUGAAAAUUGGAGUUCUGAAGAAAAAGAAAUAUUGCGUCAACUAAUUGGUCAAUCUGCGCAUAUAAUAGAAGACAAAUCUACAAAAACUUCAAUAAAUAUUCAAAAGAUAAAGGAGUGGAAGAACAUUUCAAAUAAAUUCAAUGAAAUAACUGGCAAGUUAAGGUCAUGUGCAGAAAUGAAAUUAGCUUGGAAGAGGAUGAAAUUGUCUGCCAAAUUAAAUUUAUCUUCGCACAGAAGGGAACAAACUAAAACCGGAGGUGGCCCAAAACCAUCAUCACCCUCUCCAGAGGACUUAGAAAUAAUGGCUAUUGCUCCUCACGACUUCGUCAUUGAAUUAAAUGACUAUGAUAGUGACGCAGUGAUUCCAGUUACCAAACCUACUGCUACCGCAACUACUGCAGAGAUAUUAAUUGACACUCAAUCUGGUUCUGGUAUUGAAAGGAAUGAAAACAGCAUAAUAUUCAUAAAUAAUUCAGAACACACCAUUGAAGAGGUUCAAGUUAACAAACCUAAAAAACUUGCUCAGAAGACAGACAUUGAUAUUACUAAUGACACAAAGGCUAAAACUAAAAAGCAAAAAGACUUAAAAAAUAAAUAUGAUGGAAUGCGCCAGUCUAUUGUAGACAGCAAUGUACAUUUUAAAGAAAGACACUUGGAAAUGAUGAAAGUUGAACAUGAGUAUAAUAUUAAAAUAGCAAAGUUAAAAAUAAAAAAACUUGAAUUGGAAAUAGAUUUAUUAGAAAGCAAGAGAAAUACCAAUUAAGUUUUUAUCUUAAAAUUAACAUCAUUUUUUCUUAUUCUGUUGAUUGUUUUAAAGAUUUUAUUAUAAUAAAUAUUUUCUAUAACUUAAGUUUGUACAUGAAUUUUUAAUUAGUAUCUUCCCUUAGCCCUUUUGAAACUUGGUAACCACAUUAGUCUACAAAUGAAUUACGAACUUUAUACAACAAUACUGUUCUGAACAUGACUGUUCCCAACCAGUAGUGAACAAACAUGUAGCAGAAGUUUUCUCACAAAUAUCACAUUGUCUGCAAUAUUAAUAGAACAAGAGGAGGCUUUAUAGAAAUUCAAAAGUAUAGCUGGUUCCGGUAGCGUAAUUUGUGGUUUAUCUUCCUACUCCAAAUAACCCAAAAAGCGAGCUGCCUGUCUAGGCCGCUGUAAGCUUCCGGCAGUGAAGCUGGUGAUUGGAGAAUUUGAGCCCGUUAAUGCACUACUGUUGAUGAGGUUAAGGCUGAUGCAUUGUCUGUUCCAUAUUUUAUGUCAUCACUGGCAACACACAGUGGUCAAAACUUUCGUCUUGAUGAGACACUGCGGUAUUUGGGACGUGAAUGUUCGCGAAGCUUCCAGAAUGCUGCCCAGCCAAUUCAGGUCCAUAUUAAUUUUGAAAACCAUUGUUGAGAGGCAAUAACGUCCAUGAAUCGGAGGUGGGUGAUGUACUAGCCGUUGAUACUUAUUCCAAAUCCGGUCCAAUCCAGAAGCUUGUGAUGAAUUAUGUGAGACAAUAUAGCAUAUUUAUUCAUUAAAAUACAUUUAUUAUGUA